AUGCCUUUUUGCCUUCCCCUGCCCCUACCUCCCUCGACCCAUCUCCUUCUUCUGUCGCGCGAGCAGAUAAUCAUCGUCUAUGGCGCCCGAUUUCUGUUUGUAAACGUUCAUUCGCGGCCGACGAAGACACGGGGUGAGGACGCGACAGCGAAAAAGUUGUCUAACAAGCUGGCCUCGGAGGCCAACUCGGCGCUGGCCGAGGCUGCACAUGCAGACAGGCUGAUGCGAUCUGCCGGCUACCGUGCUCCCGGUCUCUCAGGAAUCCGUGCGCGCGAUUCUCUACGAAGUAAGCCAAAAGUCGACUUUUUUUCCCUCUGCGUUGCAACAUUGCCAGUCUCUCCAGCUCCGAGUUCACCGCGUGUUGACUUGUUCUGUCUUGUAAAAACUCCUGAACAAGCCUAA